ACUCGAGCUGAAGCAUAGAAACGACGGCGAUUCCAGUUAACCUUCUUUCCUCACCUCUCUCUUUUUCUCUCCCAUGGCGACUGAAGUGUUAGCAGUAUCCGAGCCCACCAGAAAGCAACCCCGACCGGGUCGGGGAGGGUUCGAAGCCCAUGGACUAUCCGAAGAAGAGGCCCGGGUCCGAGCAAUUGCCGAAAUUGUGAGCGCCAUGGUCGACCUCUCCCGGAAAGGCCAAAACGUCGACCUAAACGCGCUGAAGACUACCGCCUGCCGGAAGUACGGCCUCUCACGUGCGCCGAAGCUGGUCGAAAUGAUCGCGGCUCUGCCCGAGUCGGACCGGGAGGCUCUUCUCCCGAAGCUCCGUGCCAAGCCGGUUCGAACCGCCUCGGGGAUCGCCGUCGUGGCCGUGAUGUCGAAACCUCACCGCUGCCCCCACAUCGCCACCACCGGGAAUAUAUGCGUGUAUUGCCCAGGUGGGCCAGACUCGGACUUCGAGUACAGCACUCAGUCUUACACGGGCUACGAGCCCACUAGCAUGCGCGCAAUUCGGGCCAGAUACAAUCCAUAUGUCCAGGCUAGGGGCAGGAUAGAUCAACUGAAGCGACUGGGUCACAGUGUAGACAAGGUUGAGUUCAUCUUAAUGGGCGGUACAUUCAUGUCAUUGCCAGCAGAUUACCGUGAUUACUUUAUUAGAAAUCUGCAUGACGCGUUAUCAGGACACACUUCUGCCAAUGUUGAAGAGGCAGUUGCCUACUCUGAGCAUGGUGCUACAAAAUGUAUUGGAAUGACCAUUGAAACGAGGCCAGAUUAUUGCCUUGGACCUCACUUGAGACAAAUGCUUUCUUAUGGUUGUACAAGACUGGAGAUUGGAGUUCAAAGUACAUAUGAGGAUGUGGCUCGUGACACCAAUAGAGGUCAUACAGUAGCUGCAGUGGCUGAUUGUUUUUGCCUGGCAAAGGAUGCUGGUUUCAAGGUUGUUGCCCAUAUGAUGCCUGAUCUUCCAAAUGUAGGGGUUGAGAGAGACAUGGAGAGUUUUCGGGAGUUUUUUGAGAGCCCCUUGUUCAGAGCAGAUGGGCUUAAAAUUUAUCCAACACUUGUGAUCCGUGGAACUGGACUUUAUGAGCUUUGGAAAACUGGCAGGUAUAGAAAUUACCCACCUGAGCAACUUGUGGACAUUGUAGCAAGGAUCCUAGCCAUGGUUCCCCCUUGGACACGUGUGUAUAGAGUUCAGCGAGACAUUCCAAUGCCUCUAGUUACUUCCGGGGUUGAGAAAGGAAAUCUUCGGGAGUUGGCUUUAGCUCGGAUGGAAGACUUGGGCUUGAAGUGCCGUGAUGUUCGAACACGAGAGGCUGGAAUUCAGGACAUACAUCACAAAAUUAAGCCAGACCAAGUGGAGCUUGUUCGUCGUGAUUAUAUGGCAAAUGAAGGAUGGGAAACAUUUCUUUCAUAUGAAGAUACUCGCCAGGAUAUUCUGGUUGGGUUGCUGCGACUGAGAAAGUGUGGGCGGAAUACGUCUUGUCCCGAACUCAUGGGGAAGUGCUCUAUUGUUCGUGAACUCCAUGUUUAUGGAACUGCUGUCCCAGUUCAUGGGCGGGAUGCUGACAAGCUGCAACAUCAGGGCUAUGGGACACUUUUGAUGGAGGAGGCCGAGCGGAUUGCGAGCAGGGAGCAUAGAUCCACAAAGAUCGCUGUUAUUUCGGGCGUAGGAACUCGUCAUUACUAUAGGAAAUUAGGCUAUGAGCUUGAAGGGCCUUAUAUGGUGAAACACCUUGUAUGAGAAGAUCAUGACCAAUGUAAAACAAUUUUGUAACAUUAAUUUUAAGAGUUCGUAACUCCCAAUACGUAAUCAGUUUGUAUGGUUUGACCCAA